CAACAGGACCUGUCAUCUUCUCCAGCUCUUGGCAAGCAGCAGUCCAUCACAGACAUCUUUGGGUCUCCAAACUCUGCUUGUCUCUCUCAUGAUCCAAUCCAGAAAUGAUUGCAGAGAAGAACAUCAAACUCACACUUUUCAUUCUUCUCUGAACUACCUGUUUUAUCUCCAGAGAGGCCAAAAAAAAGUCCACAUUAAAUCAACGGAUCCUUCAGGAAUAUGGAGAAGGGGACCUCUUUUGGAUUGUACCAUCUAUGUGUCCUCUUGACUGUAUUGGUGGCUUUUUGCCCUUGUUCCCAGGGAAACUGGAUGUGGUUGGGUGUCACAUCGUUUGGGGUUCCUGAGAAAUUAGGAUGCAGCAAUCUUCCACUGAGCUCCCGCCAGAGGGAAAUGUGUAAAAAGAAACCCUACCUACUGUCCAGUAUCCGUGAAGGUGCCAGACUCGGAAUCCAAGAAUGCAAAAACCAAUUCAAAUACGAGAGGUGGAACUGCUCCAUCUCACCCAACAUUUAUACCUCAAGCCAAACUUUCUCCCUCUCAUUUGUAUCGUCAUCACUAUCAUCAGCCAAUUCACUCUUUGGCUAUGAGCUGAGUAGCGGCACCAAAGAAACCGCUUUUAUAUCUGCUGUGACUGCCGCAGGUCUUGUGCAUUCUGUGACGAGGUCAUGCAGUGCGGGAAACAUGACGGAAUGUUCCUGUGACACAAGCCUUCAGAAUGGGGGCUCUGCCAGCGAAGGGUGGCAUUGGGGUGGCUGCUCGGAUGACCUCCAGUAUGGAAUGUGGUUUAGUCGAAAGUUCCUUGACACCCCAUAUAAAAAUUCCACUUCGUAUGAGUCUGAUGUGCUCAGAGUAAUGCAAUUACAUAACAAUGAAGCUGGAAGACAGGCUGUAGUCAAGCUUAUGACUGUGGAUUGUCGCUGCCAUGGGGUCUCUGGGUCAUGUGCCGUAAAAACCUGCUGGAAAUCAAUGUCCUCAUUUGAAAGGAUUGGUAAUUAUCUAAAGGACAAAUAUGAAAACAGCGUACAAAUAGCAGACAAGAUAAAACGAAAGGUACGGAGGAAAGAAAAGAAUUAUCGCAAAGUUCCCAUUCGAAAAGAGGACCUUAUCUAUACCAACAAAUCCCCAAAUUAUUGUGUAGAGGAUCUGAAACGUGGAAUAUCUGGGACACAUGGACGUGUAUGCAAUCGAACAUCAGAGGGACCAGAUAGCUGUAAUCUACUCUGCUGUGGUCGUGGUUAUAACACGCACGUGGUACGACAUGUGGAAAGAUGCGAGUGUAAAUUUGUCUGGUGCUGCUAUGUGCGAUGCAGACGAUGUGAAAGUAUGACUGAUGUCCACACUUGUAAAUAGUGUUUUCUCUGCAACAGAAAAAGUAUACGGACAAAAACAUUGCCUAUAUAACAGCAGAAUCAUACCUCCUGGAAUAAAAGGCAGGCACAAUGCCCCCAUGACACCUUGGUUUAUAUUUGUCAAGCAAAUCCAUCUUAUUAUGUGAUCAUUCUCACAUUUUGAGAAUAUUUCCACAACUUUCAGGGAUAUUAUGCAGAACACUCUCGAUAAACAGAAAGACUUUUACCAAAUUCACGUAGCCAAAUGAAUGUUUUAGUUACGGUAAUUCUUUAUUUUCGUACUUUGAUGCAGAAUGAUGGUUUAACCAGAUAUAUAACGUCAUAAUAAUAUAACGAAUAUUUAUGUUUCUUUGGAUGUGUGCAAGCAUGAAUCUUUAAAUGCAGGGAUAUGGAUUGCUAUUUUUGACAUAGAUGAGAAAUUAACCAAGCAAUGGCAGUUGAUGACAUAUUCAUGCUAUGGCCCAUUUAGACUUCAUCUUGAUAAGUUUUAUAGUUUUAUAUAGGGUAUCAAUUAUUAGCUUCUAAGGCCUUUCAAAGACAGCUCUUGUUCUUCAAAUAUUCACUUAUUGAUUGAAAAAUUAGAACAUUUACUGUGAAAUUCCAAAAUCUCAGUGACUUAGCAGAAUUUGAUCAAUUUGGUGUUGGGGCAAAGGUAAAGGAAUCCUUAAGUUUCAGGUGACUUCUAAGAAUGAACAAUUUAGUAUCUCAUAUCAUUGGAUUGCAAAGACCCAGCAUUCUACCAAAAAAAUGAUUAUGCCUCGGUGCUUACAAAUACGUUUGCAAAAAAGAGAGAACUCACAGGACUUAAUAUCCAAAAUGCAAAGUUCCACUUAAUUGCAGAACAGUGACUUUAAGCAAAGAAUUGACGGUUCAGUCCUCUUAUCUUGAGAAAAGGCUGCGAGAGGACUGAGAUGUCAGUGUUUUGUUUCAAGUCACUGUGUUGCAAUAAAGAGCAACAUUGCUUUUUUGGAAUAUAAAGCCCUGUGUGUGCUAAACAGGUACAUAACUUUUGGUUUAAGUAACAUGCAAAUGGAGUUCACAUUGAACUCUUUGUUGGAGACAAAUUAGCGUGGGAUAACCAUUGAGUUUGUGUAUUAGAAAAAAAAAAGAAACUUACUCUGGGUUAUUCAGGUGAGAAAUUAUAGUGAAUUUCAAAUCUAAAUUGAAAACAGCGAACCUGGAAAAGUAAGCUGUGCCUUCAGUCCCGUUACUUAUCCUAAAAUUUUUAAUUCAUUUUUGAAAACAUAUACAGCACUUCUCUUUUUGUACUUUUUUUUUUUC